UCCACCCCGCCGGGCGUGAGAGGGCGGCGCCCUCGGAGGUGAGCGGACGGGGUGGGUUUGCUCUUGCUCCGCGCCUCUCCAAUCCCGAGCGUGGAGCCGGAGCAUGAGAGGGAGCUCCGGAGCCUUGCAAACAAGCGAGGGGAAAAACCAGCCCGGCCGGUGGGCAGCGACGGCCCGAUGUCCCGCAAGGCCAACGUGGAAUACACGCUGCGGAGCUUGAGCAACCUGAUGGGGGAGAAGCGGCGCCGGGGGCAGCCUCCGCCUGCUGCUGCUCCUCCGCCGCCUUGCAGGCGGGAGGGCUCGGCCGGUUUGGGCGAACGGAGCUUGAUCGCGGCCGCCGAGUCUUGCUCCAGCCUGAACAGCCAGGCUUCUUCUUCGGGAGGCGGCGGAGGCUGCUCGGAUCUGGAGCGGGCGGCCCGCCGGCAGUUCCAGCAAGACGAGCCGGUGACUUUCGUCUACGUGGUGGCGGCUUUCUCGGCUCUGGGCGGCUUCCUCUUCGGCUACGACACCGGCGUGGUGUCCGGGGCUCUGUUGCUGCUGAAGAAGGAGCUGCGCUUGGACGCCGCCUGGCAGGAGCUGCUGGUCUCCGGCACGGUGGGCGCCGCCGCCUUGGCCGCUCUCCUGGGCGGCGUCCUGAACGGCUGGUGGGGCCGCCGCGCCUGCAUCCUCCUGGCCAGCCUGGUCUUCACCGCCGGAGCCGUCCUGCUGGCCGCCGCCCCCGAUAAGGAGACGCUGCUCGGGGGCCGCUUGGUGGUCGGGCUGGGCAUAGGCAUUGCUUCGAUGACGGUCCCUGUCUACAUAGCAGAAGUGGCCCCACCUCACCUGAGAGGCCGUUUAGUGACUAUAAAUACACUUUUCAUCACAGGUGGGCAGUUCUUUGCCAGUGUUAUAGAUGGCGCCUUCAGCUACCUUCCCAAGGGCGGAUGGAGGUAUAUGCUGGGUCUCUCAGCAAUUCCAGCUGUCAUACAAUUCGUCGGUUUCCUUUUUCUUCCCGAAAGCCCCCGCUGGCUUAUUCAGAAAGGACAGACUCAAAAAGCACGGCGAAUCCUCUCACGGAUGCGGGGCAAUCAAACGAUAGACGACGAAUACGACAGCAUCAAGAAUAACAUUGACGAGGAAGAAAAGGAAGUUGGGUCAGCUGGACCGGUGAUCUACCGAAUGCUGACCUAUCCUCCGACUCGAAGGCAGCUGAUUGUGGGCUGUAGCUUACAGAUGUUCCAACAGCUGGCAGGUAUUAACACAGUCAUGUACUACAGCGCAACUAUCAUGCAGAUGUCGGGUGUCCGAGAUGACCGCCUGGCUAUCUGGCUUGCAGCUCUGACGGCCUUCACUAAUUUCAUUUUCACGCUUGUGGGAGUCUGGCUUGUAGAAAAAGUCGGCCGGCGCAAACUUACCCUGGGGAGUUUAGCAGGCACUACUGUGGCCCUGGUUGUUUUAGCUUUGGGUUUUUUGCUGUCGGCUCAAGCUUCCCCACAAGUCACUCUUAACCCCGAAAGCCAGUCGGCUCAAAACUCCACCUGCACAAAAUACAGCAAUUGUAACGGCUGCAUGCUGGAUCCAAUGUGUGGGUUUUGCUACAAACUGAACAAGUCAAGUGUCAUCGAAUCGUCUUGCGCUCCGGUUAGCAAGAAAUCGACAAUGGAAGCUGCUUGGGGCAGAUGCUCCAAUGAAACCAAACUCAAAACCGAAGAUCUCUUUUGGGCUUAUAACUUCUGUCCAACGCCCUAUUCAUGGACCGCGCUGCUGGGACUCAUAUUGUACCUGGUUUUCUUCGCACCAGGAAUGGGGCCAAUGCCGUGGACCAUCAAUUCUGAAAUUUAUCCCCUUUGGGCGAGAAGUACAGGAAAUGCGUGUUCCUCUGGCGUCAACUGGAUUUUCAACGUUCUGGUAUCACUUACUUUCCUGCACACAGCUGAAUAUCUGACUUAUUAUGGAGCAUUCUUCCUUUAUGCCGGAUUUGCGUUCGUGGGACUCCUUUUUCUGUACGGCUGCCUUCCAGAGACCAAAGGCAAAAAACUGGAGGAAAUUGAAUGCUUGUUUGAGACUUCGCUAUGUACAUGUGGCAUUCCCGAAUCGGAGGACGGGAGGUAUAUCGAGUACAUCCGGGUGAAGGGAAGUAAUUACCAUCUCUCCGACAACGACGCCUCUGACGUGGAAUAAAUCUCAGCCGCCGAUCGGUUAGAUCUUUCGAAAGCCUUGGUUGAGGGAUGCUGAAGGAGCUGCGCUGAAUGACCUCACUGGCCUGUUUCUGGUCUGCUUCCUACUGCCUCUGUGGAAACGGUUCCCUAUUUUUAAACCAUGCCCUUCGGGGGAGGGGGGGAAAUAGAAAUAAAAAUCCCACAUCCUCUUACCCGCUAGCCAAGAGGCGAUCGCCGAGAAGAAUUGGCAAGAAGGAAAGAGCUUGCAGAGUGGAAGUGACUCUCUUGAGGUCUUUAAGAGUUCCAUUCUGGACGCUUGCUGAACUUCAGAAUGAGAGUCGAGGGAUGAGGUGGCGUCUUAGUUGACCGGCUCGAAAAAUUAAAAUGCUUAAAAAAGAACAACGAAGUCAGAAACCAGGCGAUUCGUAAAAGCAGUUAACCUGGAACCCCGAGACUUGGGAACAAACGUAACCCCGCCUCUUAGGAGUAAAACAGAAGGAAGGAAAGAAUCAUGUCUAUUUGGGGGUGGGGGAAUUGUAAACUGAUUGUAACGUUAAUACUCCACUGAUGUUGUGUGCAAUGAGAGAAAACAGCUUCUUCUGGUGCUUACUUUCCGUGGAUGCGAUUAUCUUUAGAAAUCUUUCUUUCCCACCGACGGUCCUUUGCACAAGGAAAGCUGAGAUCUUAGAAUUACAACAUUUUAAAUGAUUUGUGGCCUGUGGGCUCUGGGGUUCUACCAGGCCUGUGGAGAAGAUUUUGCUUCAUUU